CCGAAGCUAUUGCACGAAAAGAGCUGCUCGCAGCCGCACCACUGUGAAUAUCUCUAUGCUCGCUCUGCCAGUGCUGUAGAGUGUGCAAACGGAGGGAGAGAGAGAGCGAGAGCGAGAGCGAGAGAGAGAAGAGAGAGAGAGAGAGAGAGAGAGAGGAGGAGGAGAGGUGGAGGGAAUACAGUUGGAUUUUUUGGAUACAACUGGAAAACUACCAAGCGCGCACAGCACGCACCGAGCGGAAGGGCAACAUCGACGGUGCGUAGCCAACAUUUUUCACCUACUACCCCUUAACUACCUCUCCCACCCCCCGUCCUCCUCCUCCUCCUUCCCCCCCUUUGCGAUCGGAUUCAGGCGAGAAUAUGGAGCUGCCUGCCGCCGGAGAGCACGUCUUUGCGGUGGAGGGCAUCGAAAAGAAGCGCAUCCGCAAGGGCAAGAUAGAGUACCUGGUCAAGUGGCGAGGCUGGUCUCCUAAGUACAACACAUGGGAGCCGGAGGAAAACAUCCUCGACCCGCGUCUCCUCGUCGCGUUUCAGCACAGGGAGAGGCAGGAGCAGCUGAUGGGGUAUCGCAAACGGGGGCCAAAACCAAAACAUCUUUUACUCCAGGUGCCCUCAUUUGCCCGGAGAUCCAGUAUCCCUGCAGGUUUUGAGGAAACUUGUCAGGAUGUCGAAAGUGGCCUCAAAUCAGAUCCUGUCCAGGUCCAGCGCUCCCAGCCUCAGCAGUACCAGCUAAACAGCAAGAAGCACCAUCAGUACCAGCCCAGCAACCAGGAGGUCCCUGCUGACCAGCUAACAAACGGCAAGAAGAAGUUCAUCUACCAGCUGAACAGCAAGAAGCACCACCACUACGAGCCUGACCCUAAUAUGUACGAUGCACAGGCCUCGAGGCUCAAAGAGGUGGUCAAAGUUCAGGAACCGGCCUGUAAACUAGCAAAUCCUGGCUGGAACUUACCGCUGGCACUGCAGCAGAAAUGGGUUCGUGACAAAGACACAGGAUGCUUGAGCAAAGUCAAAGAGCUGGCAGUGGAGGUGAGGAAGCCAGCUGUUAAAGAGGCUGAGAGCGAACAUGCCCUUAAACCCAACCCUAAAGAUGCAACCUUGCCUAGCGCUAUUAGCAGCAAAAUGAAGAUAAUCAAGAACAAAAACAAGAACGGACGUAUCGUUAUUGUCAUGAGCAAAUAUAUGGACAGUAACAAGGUUCAUGGAGCCAAGGGUAAACACGGGGAAUCAUCUGGCGAAGAGAAACUGCAAAACACCAAACAAUCAGAAAGCAAUCCAGUGCACAGAACCAAAAUGGUGGAGCACCCGGAGAACGGUAUCCCCAAAGAGAUCUGUAACGGCAGUUCCCUCCCUGCCGCAGAGCAUCCGAUAAAGUGUUCCCCGAAGGACAGACAUUUCUCCAAACCUUCGCCAAGCACAGCAGAGGAAUACAACACUGAAGUGGCUCGGGGUCAGGCCGACUUGCCGGACGAUCUACCACUACAGCUGACUGCUAGCCCACCCCCAAUGUCCUGGGCCGUCGACACCAACAUCCCGACCCCUACGGCUGUGGACCAGAUCAGGAUCCCUUCAUUUCCCAAUGACCGCAAGCGAAAGCUCUCCGAUCCUGUGGAGGACAGGAGCGUUUCUAAAACCUACCUGACCUCCAGGAGCUUCAGUGUGCCCAGCACAGUCAUCACGCCGCCUCAGGACAAGCCCAUGGACCUCCACUGUAGUGGCCGGCGCCUCAGCAGUACAUGCACAUAUGAGGUGUUGGACUCCGGCAGCCAAGAAGAGCCAAUGGAUCUCAGUUGCCCAAAGACUAAGAGGCAGGUGGAGCCAGAAAUACAGCCAGAGCCGGCACCAGAGCCUGAGCCUGCUGUCAGAGAUACUCCACCUGUGACAGAGGACACACAGAAAUCCACAGAGAAAUGUAAAGAAGCACCUGUUAAAAAAAUCUCCCCUUUCAUGGGAAAUAUCAUCAUCACUGAUAUCACAACGAACAGUCUCACCGUCACCUUCAAGGAAUACGUUUCUUUCUGAGAAACUCUUUGUAAAAUGGGACUACCAGUGACCGAUUGGAUGAUCCUGUCAAUAUGUGCAUAUGUAAAAACAUCAGAAUUUUGUAUAUAUGGAAAUUUAUAAUUUAUCAUUCAAAUCCAAUAUGUUUCUUAUAAUGUUUUAUACUGUAACUCCUCUGUGAUGUUGUAGCCAAGAAAGUGCCCUCGAGGAUUUGAGUGAAUGCAUUCAGGUGGAUGUAUUCCACAAAAAAAAAAAAAAAUCUGUUUAUUUGUCAUAUGGAACUUAAUGGGAAACUUUUGCUGUUGUUUCAUACCUGUACCAAACUUAUAACCUGAGAUGUAUGAAGGUUUAUACGUAUUUUGUAUGAAUAAUAUCUCUUAUUUUGGUCCUGAUAGAAGGUAGAGAGGAACCUGUUGAGUCUAUGGUGAUCGAAGAUCAAAUCGAAAGCACUUAAUUACAUUUUUAUAUGUUCAUUUGUGACAUGUACCUUUGCUCAUGGAGAUGGUCUCUUUAAGUCUUAUUUCCAAACAUGUACACUCAGUCUGACUCAGCAUAUUUUGUUACAUGCUUUGUUUGUGGCUUGUUUAAGAAAAAAAUGAUUAGCCAUGACAUGCAAAUUUAAAAAGCAGGUGUGUAUGGAAACAGUGUAAACACAGUGACAACCUUGGGAUAUACACGGGCUUUGUCAACAAACCUUAAAGCAAAUAUCCCUGCCUUUUUUCUUUUGUCCUUGGUUUUUGUCUUGAUGUUGAGAUACAGCAAAGCCAUCAACGGACCUGCCAUUACAAACCAGUCUAUUACAAAGCUGCACAAUUCCUCUUUAGCAAAAAUUUAAGGAGUUAAAUCAGACGUACUUUCUCAAAGGUCAGUAAGAAAAUUGUGUCAUUUAUCAAGCAUGUGACCUCCCGUUAAGAUGACGUAUUGAUUAUUACCAUAAUAAGGUUGUGAUUUAUUACCUUAUUGGUGACCUCACAUAUUGCUGUUACUUUAAAAUAUCUGCUAGUCUUGUUAGGAUUCUCCUAAUGUCACACAGAUUAAUGAUAUUCAUCUCAUUCUGCUAUCCAACCUCAUCAUGUUAUCUGAAGAAUAUAUCUGACUGCUAUAUGUUUUAGAAAAAGCUACCAGGGUCAUUAAUGAGCAUGUUACGUGGAUUAAAUGUGAGUUGCAAGGCAGGCUUUUGUAUACUGUUACAUGCGAUCCAGAGAGUGCAAGCUGUUUUGAUUAUGCUGCUGAAAAUUCAAAUGUCAAAGCUGGAUGUAACCUACAUUUGAGUCUAAAUUGCCUUCUACGCACAGUUAAUGCAAAACCAGUAAGAAUGCUAAAACGCUAGACUAAUAAAAAAAAAAUGAAGAGUGCAUAUUGUAUUUAUUGACAUUUGAUUUGUUGUUGGGAAUGAUUACAAGAUGCUCUCUGCAUCAGAAGCUGCAAGUGAUUCCACUGAACAGGUUGCCCUCUUUGAGUCUGUUUGUUUCUUUUUGUUCUCUUGCUUUCUCUUGCUAAUUCUCUCUUGCACUUGGUCUAAAGUCAAAACGAUUGUGAUAAAGUAUGUUCUACCAGGAGCUGGUUGACUUACGGCUUUUGGCACAGCUUAUUGGAUGGUAUGUUUCACAAUAAAGAAAGAGAUUUGACUUCUGACAUGUUUUGCUGGAUUGGGUGGGGCAUUUUGUGUCUCACUAUAUUAAAUUUCUUCUUUAUUUUA